AUGGAACCCGAUCUGGAGUGGCAUGAUCAAGAUUUGGAAUCAGAAGACGAUUUCACUCACCAUCCAGAUGCCGUACCUCAGGCGGCCCCGCCCGGUCUGUGUGCCCAAACCCGACGCUGCGGGCUAGCAAGCUCGAUAAUGCGAAGACCAAAAGUUAAAAAAAGAGGGGUAUAUCAAUUUCCAAAGCUGACAACAUCGUCGUGUUGUGCUCACAAAACUCUCUCUCUCUCUCUCUCUCUCUCUCUCUCUCUCUCUCUCUUGCUCUCUCGCGCUCUCUCUCUCUCUCUCUCUCUCGCUCUUGUUUUGGCGGUGGCUGACCAGCAGCGGCGAGGAUUGCGCUUGUCACCUGGUCAAGCAACCGAGACCCUGCACAUGGUUGCGGAUGGCGAGAGUGACGCGGAUGCUGACAUGCCGUUGCCGCAGCUGAAUUUGCGCAAGAAGAUUCAUCGACACGCCGAGCUGGGCUUUAAUUCCGAGGACGCAACCAAGGUCCUUGUUCUUCAGCCAGAUUUCAAGGAUGCUCGUCUCCAGGGCGUGCGUCCGCCACAGCUGCAGCUGGAAGAAUCUUUGUCUUUGAUUGAUGCUGUUCAAGGUCUUACAGCUGUCGAAGGAGAGGUGGUGCGCAUGCGGGAAUUGCGUGAGCGUACCUUUUUCGGUAAAGGCAAGCUGGUCGAGGUGUCGGCGCGCGUACACGAGCUUAAGCAACGUGGCUGCGACGUGGUCAUGAUCAACACCUCGCGGCUCACGCCGCGGCAACAAGAGUUUCUGCAAAAGUCAUGGGGCCUGCCGGUGUAUGACAGAUUCACCGUGAUUCUCGCCAUCUUCGAAUCGCGUGCCGUGUCUCGACAAGCGCAGCUACAGGUUGAGCUGGCGCGCAUCGAGUACGAACGCGCUCGCUUAGUACUGGGACUCGAGGCGGGUUAUGAUCGGCAGGGUGGGCAUUCAGGAACACUCGGGGGUGCGGGUGAGACGGAGCUCGAACACAACCGACGUCGUCUGCAACGCCGUGAGCUUCGCAUUCGUGAGCUGCUGCGCGCUGCUGAUGCCAGCCGUCCCAGCAUCCGGAAGGGUACCAAAGACAUGCCCGUGGUAGCUGUGGUGGGCUACACCAAUGCAGGCAAGACAGCUUUGGUGAAAUGCCUUACGCACGACGCAGGACUUGAGCCCGAGAAUAAGCUCUUUGCUACCCUGGACACGACCACGCGAGCUGGCAAGCUUACAGAUGGUACGCAAUGCCUGUUUGUGGACACGGUGGGGUUUGUGGCAGACCUGCCACCGACUUUGGUUGAAGCCUUUCGUUCGACACUAGUCGAUCUUGCGGCUGCCGAUGUGUUGGUCCAUGUUACCGAUGCCACCGACCCUGAUCGCUUGGACCAGCAUGCCUGCGUAAUUGACGUACUCGAGGGGCUUGGGCUCUCGACCGCCCUUCUUGAGUCCCGAAUCUGCGUUCACAACAAGAUUGAUCUGCGCGAAUUUGACGAUACUGCAGCCCACCAGGACUUGGAUGUUCAUGUGGCCGGAAGCAGUCGAGCCAAGCGUGAGCGAGCUGCCAAGCUGUGGCGGGAUCACCCAGCCCUUCCCAUCUCGGUGCAUAGAGGCGACAACUUGGAGGAGCUGCUGGAGCGUAUCACACAGGCGGUUCAGAGGCAACGCGGCCGUGUCCAUCGUGCGGUUCGCUUUCGAAUUGACCAAGGCGAUGUUCUGCAAUAUCUUCAUCGGCACGGCGCCGUGCAGGACCACCAGGUAGAUGCCGACGGCUUGCAUCAAACCGUGGAGGUGAUCAUGUCUGCUGAUCGGCUGUCGCAGCUGGUCCACACCAAAAAAGUGCAGGUGGGCAGGUUUGCCGACUGA